UAUAUAUUAUUACUAGAAAAUUUUCUUCUACUGGUCAAUGGAUAUCUCUAUCUCCAUUAUUUCAAGAAAACAUGUUUUUUCUUCCCAAAAAUAUCACUAAAACAUAUCUCUCUUCUUAUUUCUAUGGCUUACAUUAAAGAGAUCAAGGUAAUUUUCAGCGAUAUCUCUUUCUUCUCGAGGAUAUCAACAUGACUAUGAUCAAUCCUUGUGAAAACAUUUCUAGAGAGAAUUUAAUUCGAAGGAGUACUAGUGUUUAUGGUUUUGGUUUAGGUGAUUACGAGAGUAAUUUUAAUCUUAUGACCCGAUUAGAUGCAGAAGAUGAUGAGGAAUAUUAUGUGCAACGAGAUAAUUCAUAUGUUUUAGGGUCGGAUCUAGCAGUAAUGGCUGAAGAUGAGUCAAGAACCGGAAGUAUUAAUGAAACUGGUUCGAGUUCCAAAGAUAACAACAAUGAUAAUACUAACAACAAAAACCACAAGGAAGAGGAAGACGAAGAGGAAAAAGGGUGGCUUCAGUUAAGUAUUGGUGGGCAUACGUAUAUGCCCACCAGUAAUAAGCCAGAAGAGAAUUCUAGAAGAUCAACAGGUGGAAGUGGAUUAGUGGAACUUGAUCUAUUGCCAACUGUUAGUUCCCAACAAGGGAAACCAACAGUACAUAUAAAUGAAUUUCGAGCACCACCACCACCAUUACCACCUCGAAGAUAUCAACAACAGUUUCUGACUACUAGUACUGCUACUACUACAUCAUCGUCUUUGUUUUUACAACAAUAUCCAGGGAUGGGUGUAGGAAGUAGUUCUACGACAAUGUUUCCACAACAACAAGAGAUUAUUAAUUGGGGUUUUAGACCUAUGACCGCGCCAAUCCAACAGAAUAUGAAUCUGUCUCUAGUGUCAUCCGGUUCACAUUUUGGUCCUGGACCAUUCCCAAUACUGGGAGGGGUUCCAGGACCAAGUUCUAUAGAUUUUCGGGUUGUUCAUCCACCUCGAAGACCACAUUCUGGGUUAUGGUUUUCGCUACUACCAUCCUCAAACCAAACAAAAGAACCCUUUUUGCCACAAAUAUCCAAGAGCUACCUUAGGAUCAAAGAUGGGAGGAUGACAAUACGACUAGUCUUGAAGUAUUUGGUCAAUAAGCUACAAUUGGAAAAUGAAUCAGAGAUAGAGAUAACAUGUAGAGGCCAACAACUCCAACCAUUCUUGACUUUGCAACAUGUUAGAGAUCAUAUAUGGACUACUACUACUAAUGCUGCUGACAAUAUCCUCACUUUGCUUCCUUCAGAAACUUCUAAUCAUGUCAUGGUUCUACAUUAUGCUAGAACAAUUGCUCCUCAAAAUUAACAUGCCACAAAUACCUCGACUUUUUUAUAACAAGUCCGAGUCAGAGUCAAAUAGUAAUGACUCAAAACAUUUCAUCUUACACUAUUUUCGGAAAUCCAAGGAUUUUAUCUAUGGAUAUGUAAAUUACAGGAUUUUCAAUCCUAGCAAAAAAGGAAGGGAAACAU